UGUUGAAAAUGAAACAACCGCGUAUUGUGGGGACUGGCUGUACCGAAAACAUUGGAUCUUUCAAUUUUCAGACAGCAAAGCUGUCGUUUUCAGGGAUACGAAGUAAAUAAAUACAUGUCUUUUCGUAUGAAAUAAGAAAAGCAAAAGGAAAGUGAAAAACAGAAAUAGGGUUUGGCUAUACAGGCCAAAUUCUGUGAAACUUUGCAUGGUAUUGUAAGCAACACGUCUGCCUCGCGACGAAAAAGGACGUAAACAGAACAAUGAAUUCUAUUGUGUUAGUGUGUCGUUCGAUAACUUUUUCAUAGAAUUUCUUACCCGGGCUCCGGGUUUGUUUGGUAGGGAUAGGGACUGCUUAUGGCGGUAAAGUUUUUCGAAAUGGAGUGUAGGUUCAACAUAUACAUGGCGAUAGAUCGGGAAAAUGAUCUAGAUAGCGGUGAUGGGAAACGCGGUUGUGACAGCGCGGAAGAUACGGACGAAGCGAGCGAAAACGAGCACAGCGUAGAAGAACGGCUUGAAAUUAAGGAGCAAAUGUACCAGGACAAGCUCGCCAAUCUGUUGGGCCAGCUGGAAUUGUGCAAGCAGCGCAAACAUCCGGAAUACUUGAAGAUUGUGGAGGGUUUGCAAAACGAGCUGGACGACCGUUUGCUGUUGAACGAGGUGGAGCGUGAUUACCUGCUGGCGUGCGCCGAGCGUGAUUGCAUCCUGGAGAAGGCCGCUGCGGAGAAGGAGUACGAAGAAAAGAAGGCCGAGCUGAUUGAAAACGUGAUUGCUGAUCUCGAGGACCAGAAGAAAAUUAUUGAACACGAGUUCACCUCGAUGGAGCUGAACGGGGACUCGAUUGACGUGAAGCCAACGGUAACCCGGAAGCUGCGGCGUCGACCGAAUGAACCACUGCCGGUGCCGGAAAAACGUCGCAAACCCACAACGAAUCAGAUAACGUUUCUGCUGGACGAUAAGGAGAUUGAGCACGAUUUGAAGCUGAUUUCACGCAGCAAACCAAGCUCAGCCAGCCGUACGGCACAUCACGCUAUAAAUGAGGGAGCGAGCGGAAGCGGUGGUUCCACCUCACAGGGCAGGGCGGGCGGUGCUGCUUCCAGCACGCUGUCCAGUUCGGCCGAUCAAAAUGGUUCCCAGACGGAGGGCUACGCUGGCGGAACAACAUCCACCGGUCAAGGAUCCGGUGGACAAUCGAGCCAGCAACCGCUAGCGGAUACGCGAAUCGAGGACGGCAAGCUGUGGUACGAGCGGCGCUGGUUCCACCGCGGCCAAGCGGUACACGUGGAGGGACGGGACAUUUCACGCUUUGCCGCCAACAUAUCCGCGAUCGGUGUUGAGGCAAUCUGUGUAAAGAAGACAACCGAUGGUCAGAAGGUGCGCAUCUUUCUGACCCACUUGCGCCGGGGCAAAGUAUCCAUUAAGCGUAGAGCAAAUUAGUGGGGGGGGGGGGAACGGUUUCGCGCUCAUUUAAACAUUUACGUUUCAUACUUCAGCACGAUAAUUAUGCGUAAUAUUGUGCUUUCAGUUCAUUCAAUUAUUGCGUGAUUAUUUAUCGAACUCAUGUAACUCUCUAUCCGCUAGAUAAAGCGCAUUAGCAUUUUUCCCUCACAAAACAUCCACAUAAGCAUUACUUUUUUAUGAAUUUUGAAGAAGUUUGCGAUAAGAAACGAUGUAUAUUUAUUAGUAAAGGGUGUUCGGCGUCCUUACUGCAACCAUGCCGUAGAAGAUAACCUUAGAAAUAACAGUUGUAAGCAACCGACUGUAUGUACAAAUAAACCGAAGACGAUAGAGAUGGUGAAAUGCGAA